GAGAAAAGAGGCAGGAAGGUGGUUAGCUUUAUCUAGAACUGCUGGUUCUCUGUGAAAGCAGAAAAGUUAACGAUCAAUGGCUACGCUUGCUUCAUCCUCACCUACUCUUCUCUUCUCUGCAUCCUCUUCCACCCUUUUCCCACUUUCACAUUCUUCUACUUCUCUGCGCCUUUCUUUCUCUUCUUCCCUUCAUUCCUCUUCCUCUCUAUCUAUUUCUCCUUCUACUUCUCUGGCAUACCCUUCUUCAAGUUCUAGACGUUUAACUAGUCAUGUUGCUGCCUUCAGCAUCAGUGCCAGUGCUGCAGAGAAUAAGAAGAAGGUACUCAUCGUAAAUACCAACAGUGGUGGACAUGCUGUGAUUGGUUUCUACUUUGCUAAAGAGCUUCUUGGUGCUGGCCACGCUGUCACCAUACUCACUGUUGGUGAAGAAAGUUCAGACAAGAUGAAGAAACCUCCUUUUAACAGAUUCACAGAAAUUGUUAGCGCUGGAGGCAGCACAGUAUGGGGAAAUCCAGCAGAUGUAGGGAGUGUUGUGGGAGGGGAAGCAUUUGAUGUGGUUUUGGACAACAAUGGCAAGGAUCUUGAGGCUGUCAGGCCUGUUAUAGAUUGGGCAAAGAGUUCUGGUGCCAAGCAAUUCCUGUUCAUUAGUAGUGCUGGAAUCUACAAACUAACGGAUGAACUUCCACAUGUUGAAGGGGAUGCUGUUAAAGCAGAUGCUGGUCAUGUUGGAGUGGAGAAAUACAUUGAAGAAACUUUUGACAGUUGGGCAGUAUUCAGACCACAGUACAUGACUGGGUCUGGCAACAACAAAGACUGUGAAGAGUGGUUUUUUGAUAGGAUUGUUCGGGAUAGACCCGUGCCAAUUCCGGGCUCAGGAUCGCAACUCACUAACAUAUCUCAUGUUAGGGACUUGUCCUCCAUGCUUACUCUAGCUGUUGAGAAACCAGAUGCUGCAAGUCAUAGCAUUUUCAACUGUGUGAGUGACCGUGCAGUGACACUAGAUGGAAUGGCCAAACUGUGUGCUCAAGCUGCAGGGCUCCCAGUUAACAUUGUACAUUAUGAUCCAAAAGCUCUUGGAAUCGAUGCAAAGAAAGCUUUCCCUUUCCGCAUUACGCACUUCUAUGCUGAACCUAGAGCAGCCAAAACUAAAUUAGGAUGGAAAUCUACCUCAAACCUCCCUGAAGACUUAAAAGAACGGUUCGAGGAGUACAUAAAGAUUGGGAGAGACAAGAAGCCCAUGCAAUUCGAGCUAGACGAUAAGAUAUUAGAGGCCUUGAAAGUUCCAGUACCUGUGUGAUCCAUUCAUAUCGAAAAUGUAACAAACAUUGAUUAGGCAAGAUUGUACGAUUUCUUGUUUACUCAAUUUAAAUGUGUAUUAAAGAAAGUUACUUCUCUCCUCAUUGUGUAACAUAAAACAAAAAGAAUAGAGCUUAAUCAGCUCAAUUAGGAUAUCUUAGCAUAAAA